AAAAAGAGAAAAAACAAACGAUGCAUGAAAAGAAAAAACCAAUAGACUACACUGGCAGAACUCGCCGCAAGUGCAGAAAGUGCAAAUGGUGCAACACCAAGAAACAGACCCGUACGGUUUUGCCGAUCGCAUUGUACACAACUUCAAAAUCUAGAGGAGAAGCAAGUGUUCGAAUCGAAUUGUAUCCUGCACGCUUAGUUGUUAAGUCCGACGAUGACUUCGUUUGGUCGCGGUCGUGGAUGGUCCAAUCAUCAGAACCAGGACAAGGACCAGGGGCUACGUAAACCAGGAGGAAGCAUACCCAGCAACAACAAGGUCUUAAAGGACAUAAUAGAUAAGAUAGUUUCGUAUGACGAGUGUGAGAGCGUCUCGCCGAAGCUGAUCCAGGAUAUCGUAGACCUGUUGACCAUUGCAAUCGACGAGGACAGUCUGAGAUAUGUAUGCGAUUCUCUUUGGAAGCAGGCUAUAUACCACUCAUUGACCACGAAAAUAGCCCUGAUAUUCAGCGAUAACAUGGUUGUUCGGUUAGAAGAUAAUAAUAAAAACACUAUACGAAGCCGCUUCUUACGUUUCCUUCAGGAUAAUUAUAUAUCUAAGGAAAAAGAUAGAGUAGAAGAUAAAAAAACAUUUGCCAAUAAAAUUUUACUUCAUGCAGAAGUUUUUUAUCACAUGAAAUUGAGUGACGGAAAUAGACUGAAAAUAUUGGCUGAACCGUUAAUUCAAUAUUUAGAAGAUCUGCUGCAAGACAGUCCUAAAAAUAAUAUUUAUUUCAUCAUGAUACAGAUACUUAGAGCUGGUAAAGAUCUUUAUGAAGCGUGUCCAGGUGGAUUGGAGAGCUUAAUAAUGACUAUCAGGCAAUUGCUGGUAAAGGAAAAUUUACAUAGUCCCGAGAACUAUGCGGCAUUAUUAUUAAUCGUAGAGUUAUCCAAUAAUGACUAUGAAAUUAAGGACACGCAGUUGAAACAUUUUUAUGUCUCAAAUAUCAAGUCUCUCUUUUUUGAACCUCCGUUUUCUCAUGAAGAAUUAAAGGUGGUCUUAACGACAAAGACUGAAAAUGAUAAUCAAUUGCGAGAAAUUGAGAAUAAUCAACGAAUUGUAAGAGAAGAAGUGAAAAAUGACAUACCUGAGCAUGGCAAUUAUUCAAAAAAUUCUAGCGGUCCAAGAGCGAUACGCGGUUCAGGUGCACUGGAUAAAUCAAACAAAGGAAUUAAUAUUAAUGCAAAAUCAAAUUCGUUGAGGACAACUCCGCCGAGGGAAAGGAAUAAGGGUUGGGGUCAUGAUGAUAGGUUUCACGAACAUUAUGAAUAAAUAUCUACCUUGUACGAGGCACUUGUAUGCAAUGACAGUUAUAAAAUUCUUUCUAUAUUGUAAUUAUCAAAUUGGCACAGGAAAUAAAUAUAGCUAUGGAAAAGAUUUUACAGAAUGAUCAUGGAUAUAUGUUCACACAACAUAUUGUCGUGAUUGCAAUCAAAGCGCAAGUCUUAUUUUAGCAUCAAAAAAUUACGGAGUGUAUGCUGUAAUAUGAUAUGCUGUUAUUAUGUGCUUUUAUCUUUUACUCAGGUAAAAUUUCUUCUUCACGAAAAAACGUGUUUUAUGUGAAAUCAUUCUUAUGAAAAUAUCAUUUGCAACAUCACAAAAUACAAAUUUUUAUAAGCAGUUUAUUUAUGGACACAUAUGUCAUUUAGACAUUCAACAAUCUUGUCUCAUAAUUUACAAAACAAUAUCGAGAAUAUA